AUGCUCCUAGCUGAAGAAAAUGCGGUCAUGAGAAAAAAGAAAGCCUACAUUUAUUUAGUGAAGUUGCAAACACUCAACAAAUUAUUUCUCAGCUUCUAUGUCCCAUUUUACUUCCUAAAUCCACUACCAUUUUCCUUCUCUCUUUUCUUCCUGUUUCCUUCUCUCUCUUCUCCUGCUUCCUUCUCUCUCUUCCCCUGCUUCCUUCUCUCUCUUCCUCUGCUUCCUUCUUUCUCUUCCCCUCUUUCCUUCUCACACUUCCUCACUCCUGCUUCCUAUUCAUUGUCCUCCUCUCCUGCUUCCUUUUUCCUUUUCUCUCCUCCCUUGUAUCUUUUUUCUCUAUCAACACAUUUCAUUUUCUCCCUCAUCCUCUCAUGCUUACUGACCUUUCCUCUCUCUUCCUCCCCCAUGCUUCUUGUCCUCUCUUUCUCUUCCUCCCCAUGCUUCCUGUCUUCUCUCUUUUCUCCUAUUUCCUAUCAUCUCUACCAUCAGUCUUUUUGCUGUUUUAUCUUCCUUCUCACAUCCAUUUCCUAUUCUCUCUCUUGCUAUCCUCCCACCUAUCCCCUAUUCUCUCUCUCACCUAUUUUCUGUUCUCUAAUUUUUCCUCUCGCUCGCUCUUUUGCUUCAAUUACUGAGGAGGAGUUUUAUGGUUCCCCGCACCCCCAUGUGCAUUAUCAAUCUGAUGAAAAUGUAGGAGAAAGAAGAUUGGCUCGGUCAGAAGGAGGAAAUGGCCGGUCAGAGUCUGUGGGACCCAAUUGGCCAGCAUCCAAUCGAGAGUCUCGAUCAUGCGAUGAAUCACAGCUUGUAGCCAAUGAUACAACUGCAUCAGCUCCAGAGGUUUCAACCAUACCAUCUCCAGAUUUUAGCAAGCGUCCGAAAUCUUUGGAGGAUAACUUACAUGAUAUAAGAGUGGAUUACAAGACACGGUGCUUGAGUCGUUACAACUCUGUGAAGCGUCGGCAAAUGGAACGGUUACGGCAGCGCUCAGACUGGUUUCUUGGGCCUCCGAGUGGUAGCACCAAUGGACGAGCAGGAGGAGGUCCUGGUAGUAGAGGUAGUGGCAAUAACAGAAAACAUAAGAACAAUACAGGCAACAAUAACGAGGGCAGUAGCAGCUGUCGGGGAGGAGGAGGAGGAGAUGGUGAUGUCGGAGGUGGAGGCAUCAGGGGCGAAACUUUGCCUCAUCUCCAGGAGCACCAAUCACUCAAAGCAAAGACAUCUGGUACUUCUGUGACCAAAUCUUCAUCUGAAGGAGCCGUACUGGAUGUGAUAGGCUCAGAUGCUGACAGCGUUUUUACAGACACCACAAGUCGAAGUGAGUCCCCUGCUUCUGAACCAAUAAGAAGUCUUGCUACUAGAGAACAGCGUUCUGUUAUACAUAGUGACAAUUUAGUUGAUAUUACGGCGGUGCCUGACAACAUGCUGAAAACCCUCAAUAGCAGGAGACACACUACUACCGACGGGAACCCAGAUGAAGAAAGUAAUACCCUCAGUCCUAGCAUUGCACCUGUUCCUUUUUUCUUUCUCUUUCUUUUUUCUUUUUUCUUUCUUUAUUCUUUUUCUUUCAUUCUCUAUCUUUAUUUUUCUUUCUUUAUUCUUUUUCAUUCUCUAUCUUUUUCUUUCUUUAUUCUUUAUUCUUUUUUCUUUAUCUUUUUCUUUCUUUUUUCUUUUUUUAUCUUUUUUCUUUCAUUAUUCUUUUUUAUUCUUUUUCUUUCUUUAUUCUUUUUCUUUCAUUCUCUAUCUUUAUUUUUCUUUCUUUAUUCUUUUUUCUCUAUCUUUUUCUUUCUUUAUUCUUUUUAUUUUUUCUUUAUCUUUUUCUUUCUUUUUUCUUUUUUUAUCUUUUUUCUUUCAUUAUUCUUUUUUAUUCUUUUUCUUUCUUUAUUCUUUUUCAUUUCUAUUUCCUUUUCUUUAUCUUUUUUCUUUCUUUUUCCUUAUCUUUUUUCUUCUUUUUUUAAAUAA